GCUACUCGUUUCAAGAUGAUCUCAUUUUCUCAUUACUUUUGUUGUCACUGAAGAGUGGUUUUGCUUCAUCGAUUCCGAAACCAAGCCCGACAGCAUCCGGUUCGUUACAGUGCCCAAUGUAAUACCCUCUGAGCUUGUACGUGGCAAGAAUUUUCCUGGCUUCUUCGAAUCUGUUUUCACAAAAAUGGAAGCUCCUUUUGAGAAGCUAUUGGAUGAGGUUGAGUUUGAGACCCCGGGGACUGCUAUUAUAGCUGAUUCUUACAUGCCUUGGGCUGUUGACGUUGGAAACCGCAGGAACAUUCCUGUAGCUUCGCUUUGGCCAAUGUCUGCAUCUGAAUUGUCAGUUUACCAUCAUAUUGACCUCCUCGUUAAAAAUGGGCAUUUCCCAGUUGAACUUCCAGCCUCCAGGCUUCACUCCCAUGGGAUAUACAAAAUACAGAUGCAUAUAAUUACAAAUUUCUUUGAUUGUAUCACAUAAGCUUGGUUUUUUAAGAGCCUGGAGACGAGAAAGUGGACUACAUCCCCGGACUUCCUUCAACAAGGGUAGCUGAUCUGAAAGAAGUUUUGCAUCUCUUCUUCACUUCCGUCUACAACCUCGAAGCUCAAGUCAUGAUAGACAAAUUAA